UAAAUAAACAUUAAAAAAAAGAAAAAAAGAAUGGCCUUGGAAUCACAGACAGUUGGUAUGCAGGGACCAGUGAGCCCUGGAGCACUAUGACACCUGCUAAGUGAGGCGUGGGCUCACCCCCUAACUUCACCAUACUAAGUGUCUUAUGUGCCUAUCCUUGCCAGUUAAUAUUAUCCCUCCUACCCUUUGGGUGAUAGAUAAUAUACUACUGGUGUUUCCAGGUUUUUAAGUGCUUUCAAGCUUACCCCACACAUCAAGUAGAUUAGAGCCUAGCACAUAUUAAUACUACAGUACUGCAUUCCUUUCAUGGCCUUUUGAAAAACUGACUUAUCCCGUGCACAUUCAGCCUUUUUCAUCAUAGUUUGGAGAACAGUGCUAAUUAACGUGUACGUUUAGGAACAUCCUAGAUUUUAAGUUAAAAUGUGCUGGUAUCUAAAUGUCCACCACCACUACCACUCCCCACGAACAGUGGAAUGGGUGUCUGGUUCCUUAGUUGAUCAUUUUCUGUGGACUUUUGAGCUGUGUGGUGCUCAUCUGUACGUGUGAUUGGCACCCAGAAGUGUCCUGGAAUGAACAGUUGAUUCACUUGGUUGGCAUCUAGCAAUAUCAUUACAUUGGUCAUCAGCCACUUUUGCAUCCUAUGGUUUUAAACAAGAAGAAAUCUUGCAAAAUCAGUGCAGUGAAAUGCUGCACAUGCAGGUAAGGUUACAGGGUAGAGAAAGCAGUUCCUCAGGAGGCUCCUUUUUAGAUGAAUGUCAUUGGGCUGUGGAAAGGAAAGAGAAGGGUACUGUAGACCUGAGUCACUUUGCAGAAUUGUCUGCUGCGUUCUUUAUUCCUGUAAAGAGAAAGUCCAUCAGUUGUUUUCUCUGCAGUAGCCGACAUGAGAUAUUCUGUUGUGUGGCAUUUACUUUUUUUGUCUUCUGCUUUUUACCAGUAUCGUCUUGAUUUUUGAUGACUAUCAGAAUAACUAACAUUGACAUUUGGAAGAUAGCCUGCUUCCAAAUACAUAUACACUUGUCUGUUCUGUAAACCCUAGCCCAAACUUUUUCCUUCCCUAGCUGAAAAAUGUGCCUCUACCCCUCCUGGUCUUUCCAGGGUGUGGGCCUGUGCUUAGCUGUGUGACUGUGCCCACACGUUGGCAUAUAUUUCGGUGCUACCCAAAAGUAAUCCGUUGCCCUUGAAAUAACAAGAUGAAAAAGAAUUGUUUUUCUGAGCCAUAACAUCUGAAGAGCUGGAAACAGUUGUGUUUGUAUGUGUGCCGCUAAAGCCAGUGAAUUUCAUGUGAAGGAAGGGAUUGUAAACCCAAGAACAGAAAAGCAGUUUUCCUGGAUUUCAGAUGACAAACUCAAGCUGUUUAACUCACCCACUCAGCACCUCCACAGCCAUCCCUUUAAUGUGCUUGCAGGCAUUGUCAGUGAUUUCUGUUUCUGCAGCUUUUGUUGCCAGAAGACAAAUAAUAAAAUAGCAUGCAUAUACAAACUUAAAGCAGUUUUCUACCAGUGUUUGAUUGAGGUUAAACAGAAGCAUCCUGAUCAUGCUGUCAGUUGGCAGGCAAAGGCAGAUUUUAAAAUUCACAUAGAUUUAAAGAAAGCUAAUCUUUUCUGGCUCUAUAAUAAACUAAUUACAUGUUUAAAAUAGUAUAGAGCUGAGUCCCUGUUUCAGAUUAAGCCUCGUAAUGGCAAGGUCAGGACAAAGCAGACAUUUGCCUGGCUUUGCCUGAUGUCUGUGGCUUGAGGAUCCACAGCACGGUGCCAGCUGUUUCAGAGCCUGAAUAGGUCUGCCAAGGACGGCCAGGUAAUACUGACUUGACUCACUAAUGGGUUAAUGCUCUCUGAGCACAGAAGCCACCAGACGUGCCACUGAGGAAGACCUGGAUACUUAAUAGUUUAUGGCAGUAAUCUUGUUUGGUUGUUCCCUAAAAGAGGUGAUCCCAGGUCAGGUUAGGACAUGCCAGUAGUGUCUCUUUUGGGGUAUAUCUGAGAAAAAAGGUGUCAUUUCUAAACAUGGUCUGGUUUCAACAAGGCUGACUUCAUAGCUAGUCAUUCUUCCACUCUUUCCCUUCUUUUCAUAAUCCUAGGGACCAUGUGCAGAAACUUAGAGAUGGGAACAUGUCAUUCAGUAACAUAGAUUUUUGUUCUUGUUCCUUCAUGUUCCUUGGUCACCUGUUAGUGGUGCCUCUCUCCUUAGGCAGUUUGGUGAUGUCAGAGGGAAACAUAUACGGACAGUGGUGAGAGCUUCACUCUGGAGUUAGCCUUGGGCUUGAUUACUAGCACCACCAGACAAGCUACUUAAAUUUUCUGUACCUCAGUUUCCUCCUGACAGGCUUGUCGUGAAAAUAAGUGAGAUUAGGUUUGUCAAGCACAGAGACUUAGCCUUGGUAGAUGUCAAAUACAUUAAGUUCUUUCAGAUUGCAGGUGAAGUAGACUCUUCUUUUGGAUUUUUCUGUUCUUGUUUUUCUUUGGAUGUGCCUUGGAGGAGACUUAGUACCAGAGUGUGUUAUCUGUGAUUUUGAGUCUGCCUCUGAGGGCUCUGGGCCAACCUCAUUACCAAGAAUGAGGCCCUAUAGCAUCUCAAGGCAGGUAAGGAGUCAGCUCUUCUCCCUAGAUGGACAUGACACCUUUGUGCCAAGCCCUUGCUCCUCCAAGUAGCUCACACACUGUCAUGUUGCCCUUCUUAGCAUCUCUUAUUACAGAGAACCGUAAAUCUACUAAUUAGGCUGUCAUCUUGUUUUUGGAAAUUGGAUUGUAUGAUUGAAGUUAAUACUCAAAGGGGAGACUUGCUACUUCACAUUUUACAGUGGAUGGUUAUUUCCAUCUUCACUCACGUGAGGAUUGGUCAUUGAGCUCAUGUUUUAUAACAUUGCCAAGUAUAAUUCAGGUUUGUUUUGUGGCUGUUGCCCCUUUUCACCAAUUCACUGAUUAAACAAAUAUUUUUUUGAACACCUACUAUGUACCAAGCCCCAUGCUAGGUGCUAAAGCUAUAAUAAGACAUGGUGUCUGGUUGUGAAGAGUUCUAUAUGUGUUUGGGGAGACACGUUCUCCUCAAAUUAUAAAACAAGACAGACUGAAGUUGGAUGGCUUGGUGGCUGGCUGGAUGGGUGGGUAGAAGAUACUACCUACCCAUGCUUUGUGCUCCCUGCACUUCAUCCCUUUAACUGGUGUGGUAAUCCAGACAUUGGAACCGAUGUUGUUUCUGGGUAUUACUGUUCUACCUUAAGGCCAGGAGAUCAGAGUUUGUCUCAGCGUGGCGUCCACUUACUAGCUGAUUGACUUCAGAUACUCCCUUGUAUCUCUUUGGCCCUUUGUUUCUUUCACUAUAAAGUUAAGGCUGCGUGUUACUAGAUGGGUUUCACAGCCCUCUCCAUUUUCCCCAGUUUACUUUUUACUGAACUUCCUGCUCUGAUCACUUAUAUAAUGCCAUGAAAGUGAUUAUUAAACUCUGAUGUAUUCCUGAAUUCUGGUCAUGUAUUUCCAAUGCCUUUUUAUUCCGUUUCCACCCACAGUAAAUUUUCAAACUGGAAAAACUUGUAGCUUUAUUGUUUUUUAAUCUAAGUGAAAAUUAUGUUAAUAGUAAAACUAUUUCUGUUCUACUUUGUUCUACUCUGUGGAGUCCAUUUCAAGAAUGUUCUGUAACUUCAUGGUGUUUAACCCUUUGAGGCAUCCAUUUCGUGUAGCUAGCUGUACAUGGUCUCCACAGGGAAUUGACAUAGUGUGUGCCCGUGUGGGAAAGGGAAAUGGAUUCAGUAACAACAUCAGGGAAGAAGCUUGGAGAAAGAGAGCAGGAGCUGCCAAAGGCUAUAACUUUAACCUGCUUUCUGGGGAUUGUAAUUCUAUUGACUGCAUGCCUUUAACUGCUUCUCCCUCAGUCUGGGGAGAAGGAUGGGCAGGGGAUUGGAAGCAGGAGGGCUCAUGGGGAGGGGCAGGGUGCUGCCGACAGUGGGUGUGGGCAGAGGUUGCAAGGCUGCCAGGGUUCUCUUUGUGCCGGAAGUGCAGGUUUGGCUGUAAGGAAUGGAAUGUUCCCUCUUGCCCUCCAAGAACAGAAACAGCUGUGGAAGAGCUUGAAAAGAUUACUAAAUGAAAAAAAAAUUAAUAUGAAAAUAAAAGCCACAUAGAAAAUCCAACAAGACUACAGUAGAGUAGUAGCUGUCUUUUUCAUGCUCUUCGAGAGAACUUUUUUCCUAUCUAGGAUUCCUUUUUUUCAUUUGAGGGCAGGACAGAUUGUCUGCCCAGCCCUUCCUCUUCUAAGAAAGCCUCAUGUGUCUCAUUUUUGCUUGGGUAAAGAAUGGGUUCAUUAUGCUGAUUAUCAGAUGAUUGCUAUUAUUUUAUUCGGUUUAGUGAGAGACCAGGACCUGUCACUUACUGCAUGAAAACUUGAAGCAAACGUUAAUUUUCAAAGGAGGUCUCUGUGGGUAGAGGAUUAUUGUUAGCAAAUUUAACAGAAAUCUUGUUUCAAGCUGGAAAUUUAAUCCUUCAGCCAAGUUCCUGACAAUAUUUAUUUUAGAACAUUGUCGUUUUAAAAUAAGUCCCUUAAUGGUUUAAACUUAGUGUUUUAAACAAGAGUAAGAGUAGAGCUAGCCUGGGACUUGUCUUACACAUCAGGGUUGAUUGUGCAAUGCUUUAUGUGAAUGUUUAUUUAAGUUUUCUUCUCUAAAAGGCUUGCUUGCCUAUUACAGCUGGUAUUCCAUAUAGUCAGAAAUAAUAACUGUUUCUGAUUUCAAGUCUGUUUUAUGCUAUCAUGCUUUCUGUACUUGCUUUUGAACAACAGGUUAGCCCCAAAGAAGAUAAAAUCUAGUGGAAAAUCUAGUGGAAGCUAGCUAAAACCUAGACUCUACCAGUUUCUAAUAAGAAGGACCAGCUUCACACUUGCCCCUCAGAUGGCGGCACUACUUGGCUCUUUGCCAUGUCCACUCAAGGAUCUUUGCCCUGAGUGUAAUGAUGUAGUGUUUUGCACAGUUGAGGAAUGAGAAGGAAUGAGAAAUGGAAUAUGUGAUUAUUAUUUUUUGAGACUGAAUAUGUCCUCAGGAAGUUCAUCAAGUGAUAUUUUGCUGUCUUAACAGUGGGAGCUGAUAAGUACCUCAGGAUUGGGGUAUGACUUUUUCAGUAGUUAUUUUUACCCAGUCUGUCUUUUUGGCAUUUUGCUUGAAGGAUAGUCUAUGAAAGGGAUUGUAUGAGAUUGCAUGCUAAUUCAGGGAGGCUCCUGAAAAUUAUAGGGAUUAGCUACUGUCCCAGCUCAUCCUGUCUUCAGCCUAUUAUCAAUUCUUAGUUUUGUGAAUGCCCACAUGUCCUCUUUUCUGUCCAUGCCUAUCCAUGCUGGGUGGAGAAGUGGCACAGGACAGAAUGAGAUGACCAUCCACAGGCAGUACAAGGUCAAGGACCCUUCUUCCCUGUCUCCCUUGCCUUUUUUUUUUUCUUUCUAAGAAAAAAGAUAAUCUGGAUCCCAGUGGCCUGAAAAAUUACUCUCUCUGUUUUACUCUGCACAUAUAAUCACAGCUUGAUUCUAUAGCCCCAGUUCUCAUCCUUAUUUUCUAAGUGGUGGGAACUUGAACUUAGAAAACACCGAUUCUGCUUCCCAGACCUGGGAAGACUAGGGACGGUUAGGUGGACUCAGAGUCUCAGUCACUGGAAAGGCAAGGGGGAAAUUCCAGUGAUUCUCAGCUCUCCUUGCACAGAACAAUCUGGGGAGCUUUAAAAAUGCACCUCUACCUUAGCCUUACCCACACCAAUUGAAUCAGAAUCCCUGGGAGUAGGGCAGGAGUAUGUAAAGCCUCCCCAGGUGAUUCUAAUGGGCAGCCAGGGGAAAGAAUUAAUACUUAAGAGAAGUCAGGGCCUUGUCCAGAGAACUGCCUUUGAAAGAGCCUGUCAUUAUAAAUCAAAGGCCACUUCCCAGGCCCUCUCCUAAAGCUGUAUCUUUGCAUUACUCUGCAGUGGCACCCAGCCCCCUGGGUCUCCUCGUGACUUGUGGUUUUCAUUGGGCUUUUCACGUGACCUUUAUCAUCGACCGCUCAGGAGAUGCAUAUAUUAGAAUUCAGGCAUUUGGCAGCCUCAUUCUGAAUUGUCAUUGCCCACAAGUCAAAGCAGUGAGACCUACUUGAAAUGCUGGUCCUAUGUGUAAGGUAGAUGAAUAUUGUGUCUAAAAGCAGUCUUUUGCAGAUUGUCCCCACUGAAAUCCCUUAGAAGGCCAGGUGGAUGCCUGCAAUCUGCCUGGUGGGGAGCAAUGGGUCUGGCUUAGGGGUUGACAGCCAUAGCUCUCAUUUUGCUACUUUUGAGACAGCACAAAAAAAGAGAGGGAGGGGUUGUCUUCAAAAAAUAAAUAAAUAAAUAAAAUGGAAGGUAGGCAGGGGCCUUUAAGAGUUAAAUUACACAACUCCCUUUUUAUUUUUAAAGUCAGUGGAUUCCUUGUUGCCGUUGCUGAGAAAGAUAAAUUGAUACCACAUGUUGCUUCCAGACAAAACCCUCUCUGUGUUCCAGGGGGAGCACAUGCAGCUGGUGUCUGGGUUAGUGGACAGUCUCCACAAGGUAAACAUGGGUUGGAAGGGGCUGGAGUGGACAUAGGGUAGCAACAGUUAGGAAAUUACCAGUCACUCCUGACUGACACAGCACCUUUGAAAUACUUUUAAGAGUCUGAAAUCUUCCUGGAAGGAGCCGCCCUCUCACCUUUUGGCUUAAAUUAUACGAUGCUCGGAAAACAAACUCUAUUCGGCACAACCUGUCACUGCACAGCCGUUUCAUGCGGGUCCAGAAUGAGGGGACUGGCAAGAGCUCUUGGUGGAUCAUCAACCCUGAUGGGGGGAAGAGCGGGAAGGCACCCCGGCGGCGGGCUGUCUCCAUGGACAACAGCAACAAGUAUACCAAGAGUCGUGGCCGUGCAGCCAAGAAGAAGGCAGCCCUGCAGACAGCCCCCGAGUCAGCAGAUGACAGUCCCUCCCAGCUCUCCAAGUGGCCUGGCAGCCCCACGUCACGCAGCAGUGACGAGCUGGAUGCGUGGACCGACUUCCGCUCACGCACCAAUUCCAAUGCCAGCACGGUCAGUGGCCGCCUGUCACCCAUCUUGGCAAGCACGGAGUUGGAUGACGUCCAGGAUGAUGAUGCACCGCUCUCCCCCAUGCUCUACAGCAGCUCAGCUAGCCUGUCACCCUCUGUAAGUAAGCCAUGCACCGUGGAGCUACCACGGCUGACCGACAUGGCGGGCACCAUGAAUCUGAAUGAUGGGCUCUCUGACAACCUCAUGGAUGACCUGCUGGAUAACAUCACACUCCCAUCGUCCCAGCCAUCGCCCACCGGAGGGCUCAUGCAGCGGAGCUCUAGCUUCCCAUACACCGCCAAGGGCUCCGGCCUGGGCUCUCCAACCAGCUCCUUCAAUAGCACGGUGUUUGGACCCUCAUCUCUGAAUUCCCUGCGCCAGUCUCCCAUGCAGACCAUCCAAGAGAACAAGCCAGCUACCUUCUCUUCCAUGUCACACUAUGGCAACCAGACACUCCAGGACCUGCUCACUUCAGACUCACUCAGCCACAGCGAUGUCAUGAUGACCCAGUCAGACCCCUUGAUGUCUCAGGCCAGCACCGCUGUGUCUGCCCAGAACUCCCGCCGGAACGUGAUGCUUCGAAAUGACCCAAUGAUGUCCUUUGCUGCCCAGCCUAACCAGGGGAGUUUGGUCAAUCAGAACUUGCUCCACCACCAGCACCAAACCCAGGGCGCUCUCGGUGGCAGCCGUGCCUUGUCGAAUUCUGUCAGCAACAUGGGCUUGAGCGACUCCAGCAGCCUUGGGUCAGUCAAACACCAGCAACAAUCUCCUGUCAACCAGUCUAUGCAAACCCUCUCAGACUCUCUCUCAGGCUCCUCCUUGUACUCAGCUAGUGCAAACCUUCCCGUCGUGGGCCACGAGAAGUUCCCCAGCGACUUGGACCUGGACAUGUUCAAUGGGAGCUUGGAGUGCGACAUGGAGUCCAUUAUCCGUAGUGAACUCAUGGAUGCCGAUGGGUUGGAUUUUAAUUUUGAUUCCCUCAUCUCCACACAGAAUGUUGUUGGUUUGAACGUGGGGAACUUCACUGGUGCUAAGCAGGCCUCAUCUCAGAGCUGGGUGCCAGGCUGAAGGAUCACUGAGGAAAGGGGAAGUGGGCAAAGCAGACCCUCAAACUGACACAAGACCUACAGAGAAAACCCUUUGCCAAAUCUGCUCUCAGCAAGUGGACAGUGAUACCGUUUACAGCUUAACACCUUUGUGAAUCCCGCACCAUUUUCCUAACCCAGCAGAGACUGUUAAUGGCCCCUUACCCUGGGUGAAGCACUUACUCUUGGAACAGAACUCUCUAUAUAUAAAGUAUGCAAAAUCUUCCUUGUACGGGGUGAUGAGCCACCUGCCAGCAAAGGACAGCAUCCUGUCAGCACCACCCACCCUCGUUCAGAGCACACCGUGAGCUCCUGUUGGCAAUUCUGUGGUGUAUUCAUAUCACGAUGGUUUAUGGGAUGUUUUAAGUGUUGUUUUUGUGUUUGUUUUCCUUUGACUUUCUGAGUUUUUCACAUGCAUUAACUUGCAGUAUUUUUAUGUUAAAAUGUUAAUCAUCCUUCCCCUGGCAAAUUUAAAACCAGAAGGAAAAUGUUGCACCAAUUACUGUUCUGGCUUUGGUCAUCACAAGCAUUUGAACCCUUGGAACUCCAUAAACUAACAAAUUACAUAAACCAGAGGGGGAUUUUCUUUCUUCUUUUGUUUGGUAGAAAGCUAUCCUUUUCUAAAAACAAACGAUGGCACAACUGUUUGCUGUGCACACCAGUUCAGGACUGAAUCCUGCACAGGCAAAACGAGUGGAGUGUGGCACUCGACCCAGUGUGUUUUAGUUCUGAGUCAGGUGCUCAGGGGGUGAGACCCCCAGCACCUAGUCUGCAGUUGCCAGGUCAGUGGGUCUCUUGGUCUCCUGGCAUGAUCCUCAGCUAAUGCAGUGAACAGUGAUGGUAUGUGGGUUAGAAAUUAGGAUGCUUUCAAGAAUGAAAUCAGCUCAGCUGCCCACUUGUUCCCAAAUACCACUAGAGGAUUUAGUUUUAAGGAGAAAAGGAAAAAAAAAGUAGUCCUGGUUUGCUUUGCAGAAGAAAUGAACUCACAGCGAAGAAUGCAUGAAAAGUACAAACCGGAGUCACUAUUUUCCUAAAAUACACACCCUUGAUUAUUUUCAGCCUUGCUGUGUAUAAUCUGAUCUACUAGACGUGUAUGAGUGAGAGGCAAUAGCAUACAAACUGAUUUAUAUAUAUAUACGUGUGUAUAUAUAUGUAUAUAUAUACAUAUAUAUAUAUAUAUACACACACACACGCGUGCACAUAUAUAUAUAAAAGCUUAGACUGUAAUUGUACAAGUGACACAAUGAAAGUACAAGAUAGGGCGGUUUUGACUUUAUUUUUCCCCACUUUUCUGUUCUAUGGAUUUCAUUUUGUUUUCAAAAAGUUAUGGUGCUGUAUAGGUGCUUUCUGUUUAACCUGGAAAGUGUGAUGAUAUUAGUUACCCUCUUUGGUAGACAGAAUAGUUGGGAACACCUUUGGUACAUAUGAAACUGUGUAAUGAAGCUCUGAUUAGCACAGCAUAUGCAUACUUCUCCAAAGUGAUAUAUGAAGACUCUUUUCUUUGCAUAAAAGCAUUAGGCGUAUAAAUGUAUAAAUAAAUUUUAUCAUGUACAGUACAAAAAUGGAACAUUCUGCAUGGACGUUAGGAAUACAGGCUAGUAUUUCAGCACAGACCUCCCUGCAUGAGUUCUCGCUGACACUUGCACUAUGCAGUGGGCACCGACUCCCUUCCACCAACACAGACGUGCCACCCCACCCCCUGCACCUACCACCGGCCGCCAGGGGCCCCUUUGUGCACCUUUGCUUUAUGAUUCCUCUGGGGGUGAUAUUGGUGGUGAUAACAGCUCCUAGCAUAAUGAAAGUUCCAUUUGACGUAUUGUCACACGUCUUUCCCGCCUCGCGUGGGUUGUCAUGUUUGAGUGAUGGCCCUGUUGAUUUCACCCUGCCUUUUACUGAAUCUGUAAAUUGUCGUGCAAUUGUGGUUAUAGUAGACUUGUAGCAAUAUUGCCUUUUCUAAACUGCUACACGUUUGUAAUCUUCAUUUUAAAAGUAUGUAUAAUUUUUAAAAAUAUGUAUUCUAUUCACGUGGUCUGCUUGUCAGUGAGACAGACUUUUGCUUACUGUAUUCCUUUAUAAUAAUGCUAGCUGCUUCCUUGAUUCCUUGGUAGUCUACUAUAUGCAGGAACUGUUGAGCAUCCGUGAAAGAAGGCUACCUCUCUGGGUUUCUAAGAAAUGCUGCCCUGGGUGGGGAUACAGUUUAGAGGCAGCCACAGCAGCUGUGGGACCGAAGGGUAUAGGGGUAUCAGGUACUAGGAAAAUCCAGAGGGCUUACAGGAGUAGAUCCCAGAGAAUUUCUCUCCUGAACUCAAAUAAAAAAAAAAAGUAAACUAACAAAAAUAUGUAUUUGCCUUUGCAGUUUUAUAGACCCUGAUUGCCACCUUGGCAGUAAGAAGAGCAACCCUCAAAUAUGUUUCAACUUUAAAAUGUUGAAUUCCUUUCAGACAUGUGGCAUCUCAUUUAUUCUCCUUUUUUCUCAGUGUUUGUUAGAUUUUAGGCAGAAUGUCUGACAGAAUGUCCUAGAGCCAGAUUAUAAUUUAAUCUAAAACAGCUGAGGGAGGGACAGGAGGUAUGAGAACAGGGCUGCCACAGAACACGUCAAGAAUAUGGAGGGGAAGGGGUGCUUUGAAUUUGUGUGUUUUUUUGUUUGUUUUUUAAUGCAAAUAGCAUCUACGUGUAGAGCAUUGUGGAGAGUCGAGAUCAGGACAAAGUCCAGUGCCAGCAUGAGUUCCAGGUGGGAGUCAGGUAAGAGCGGAACAGUUAGGCCUAUCCAGGAUCACAGCAGCCCUUUUAGCCAUGGCCACUGCCAGCUGGCCCUCCACCUGGAGGCCAGGCUCCCUGAGACUUGCUGGGUUCUUAGGUGGUCAGACGGGGCAGAGGUGCGACCUGACCUCCAUUUCUUAUACUGAGACCACUUUCAGGAAGGCCCACCAUGUGGCGUUCUGGGUGUCAUGGGUCCUUCUCAGUAAGCUUUCUGAUCUGGAGCCUCUCAGUGGAAUACUUAGUAGGCUCCGGGGGCCCGGCAGCUGUAAUGUUUGCAUCCUGAUGAGAACUAUUCCAGGCUGUCCUCAGCCUCUAAAUAAGCUGCUCUAGGGAGCCUUCCACUUUCUGAUGGGAAAUUAGAAGAGUAAUGUUGAAAACAUGACAUGUACUCUGGGGUUCUGUUCUCCCUUCAGGUCUCCAGAACCAGAUACCUUUUACCAAAGUCAGAAAAGAGCUUUAUCGUAAGCCUUCACUGUCCUGGUGUGAGAACAGACUGCCAGGUUCAGCGUACCCAUUAACUGUGAAUGAAUCUGAGGUCGAUUUCCUUUAUUGCAUCCUCUUCAAUAUAAUGAUUGCUGAAACACGUGUUUUCUAAAAAUUUCACAAGUUUGUCUUUCCUGUUAACGGGAGGAUUACACACACAUGUGUAGUACGAGGUGGACUUUGUGGACUUUGUGUGUGUGUGUGUGUUUGGUAUUGAGUUUGGGUAUUGUGUGCGUGUGUCACUUCACCACCCUGAGGUCAGAUCCUCAUGACUCCUAGCUCAGGACAGCUCUGCCAGGUCUCAGGGUAUCAUUUCAGGUGGCUUCUGAUCUUGUUAAAGAUGGCAGGGACAGACUUCAUCUAUACCCAGUGGACCCCGCCUGAAGAAGAAGGAACAUUUGAAUCUCUUGGAAAGACCUUCAAGAGUAAAGCGGUCAUUCAGCCAGUCCUAUUUUGCGUGCUCAUGCCAUGGGCUGGCAAAGGGAAAUACAAAUGUUACCCUUUCUCUCUGAAAGCAGAAGCAAACCCUGAUAGCUCUAACUCUGAUUUCCUUUUUCUUGCUGUAGUUGGGGAACAUUGUAAGAUUAGGCAUACCAUUGUAUUUUUUAAUUUAGCAAAGUUUUUGUGUAGAAAUGCAAUCACUGGCAAAGAGGUACGAAAAAGCCAGCCUCUCCUAAAGACUGGGGGCAGCAGGCACGAUGAGGGUAAAGCGAAGCCCUUGUGAAAUCAUGUCUGCCAAACAAGAUCUUCAUGCAGAUGCCCAAGUAACUGAAGAGUAUAUUCUAUUUGAUCUAAAUCAUCAGUAGAUAACAUUUUAUGCAGUUUAAAUGAAUGAACUAUUUUCCUCUUUAGUUUUAUUUGUGUGCGCUUUUCUUUGAUGAAUGAUUGGUUCUGAGGCCUCUGCCACACUCCAGAAUUACUUGUGUGGCUGCUUUAAAAAAUUGAAUGUCUGGUCACUUAUUUCUCUAAAAUUAUCUCAUUGCCUGGCAAUCAGUCUUCUCUCGUAUACUUGUCCUAGCACAUUACAUACAUGGGAAAUGUAAACAGAUGUGAAGGAGGACCAGAAAAAUGAGUUAAUACUAAAAAAAAAAAAAAUGUAUUGUGCGUUUUGGCUUCACAUGUUUAACUUUUUUAAGAAAAAAAAGUUGCAUGAAUGGAAAAAAAAUCUGUAUACAGUAUCUGUAAAAUUGUCUUACCUGUUUCAAUUUCUUGCUCAUUCCCCAUUCAGACUAGAAUUAAAUAUGGUGCAUGGCCAUAUUCAAACACCUAAGAGUCAAGCAGCUGAUACUUUGGUUUGAAGCACCUCAUUCUUUCUUUCCAAGCGAACACUAUCAUAUUGCAUUCUUACUGAGGAUUUUGUCUAACCAUACAUUGCCAUGAAUUAACUCUACCACCUUUCUUCCCAAAAAUCAAAACCAGUUUGAUCUGGGAAUCUCCCCCUUUCCAAAUGAAAUAGAGAUGCAGUACUUAACUUUCCUCGGUGUUUGUAGAUAUUGCCUUGUGUAUUCCAUUUACAGCCGUAAUCUAGUUUGUAAACGAGAUGGUGACGCAUGUAAAUAAAGCAUCAGUGACACUC